AUGGUGUUUCCCCGAAUGUGUUUAAUCGGAUUUAAUAUAGCACAGCCUCUUCUGAUCUAUAGAGUGACAUCUUUUCUAUCGCAAUCUCAGGACCAUCAAUCCCGAUUCAUAAAUCGCUGUAUCACCAUAACUCGGGGAGGGCUUAUUAGCCUGAUCUAUAGUCGAACACUCCAGCUUUCGAGUUUAACACUUUCUGAAAGUCCCGCAACCACUCUUAUGAGUGCUGAUAUUGACCGGAUUUAA